UGACGACUUUAAUAUUUUCCGGUCUUAUUGAUGUUGAUCCUCAUCGGUUUCGGUCGUAGAAGAAUGAACUCGGAUCCGGUAGAUUUUCAGAAUGUUGAAAAAGGUGCAUCCGACUUGGAGUCGACCACUCUAUACACACCUGCAGAGGACCUUGCCAUCGUGUAUUUGCUCGGAAGAAGAAAAACGACCAAAUGCAGAAUUCUGGUGCAAGAAAGGCAGCUUGUACUCAUGGCAGCAGAACUAAGGACCAAAAAGAAGUCUACUUCUCAACCUUUCUUCAGUCCAAGGACGCAAUUUCAGUUGUUGAGUAUCAGUCCGUCUGGUCAAUUUAUCUUUACGUGCAACCCUUUCCCUCUCUCUUAUCCCCCUUUGAUUUUUGUUCUGGAUCUGGUAUAAAAAACCAACGCAAAGAAACUCCUAAACUCUAAGUUCAAGAAAGAUGAAGCAGGAAGCUAAGGGGUACAAGGCGCUCGCCCAGCGUCUGGCGGAACAGCAGCAGCAGAGAGCAGCAGGAGGGGACGAUGCGAGUGCCUUCGCAUCACCAGCACGACGAAGAUCCAAGGACGACAAUAAAGAAAACGUGCUCUCUAUGGAAGCGUCAGGAUCGAAAUCAACAAAAUCGAAAUAAUUUGUGAUGCAUGAAAUCGAUACCACUUGGACCCUCAGUUGCCAAGUGGCGCAUGACAAUUUUCGGGAGCACCAAAAUCCAGUUUGUAAUGCUGUUCGGGCAAAGAAGACCGCUCCUGUCAUGCUACUCUGGCAGCGCAUCUCCUUCCCCUAAACAGCCUCGCAGUCGCUCUCUUUUGCCUGCUCCCCAACACAGGCCAUACGUGCCCUACAUUUUAUGCAUCACAAACUUUUCGACUUUGUCGAUUUCGAUUCUGACACUCCCAUACUCUCCCUCCCCCUUCGCGUGCUUUUAAUCCUCGGAAUUGUUCAACCGCUGAUUUUAUCAAGUGUAAAAAUGUCUGGGUCUGGAAGGUUGGAACUUGUGAUGCUAACUUUGGACUCUGAAAAAAUUUGUAUUGCAUGACCAGCAAGAGGAGUCUAGUUUGUGCUACGCGGGGAGGGCGUUUGUCAUGCGGAGUAGGCAUCAGGAAGCCCUCUAAAAAUCUGUAAUGCUAGGUCGCGCAUUACAGACAUCCUGGGUCAUGCAAAAUAUGCAUGACAAGUCUCAGAAUCUCCCAGACCCAGACAUUUUUGCAUUUGAUAGAUUUUAACAUGUUUUUUCAUUCUCGGCCCCCUGAACCUGUUCCUCUCGACGUCCUCUUCCACUUCCGUUUCCCAACACAGGAAGAGAGUAAUAGCCGACUUCUGCAAGACCACGAUUCUGGGCUUCAUUGCGUGCCUAUUGCACGACGUGAUGGGCCUGGAGCUACGGGUCUACACGAGGAAACGUACCGAUCUGCGGCAGUUGCUGGAGAAAGCAAAGGCGAAAAACUCGAUUCUCCUCUGCAACCACCAAACGAGGCUGGACUGGAUGUUUCUCUGGGUGUUCCUGUCUUUAUUUUCAUCUUCUAGAGGUGGACCCGGAAAUAAAAUGGGGGAACUCGAUUACGGGAUGAUGGAGAACUCUAUCGAAAAGCAAAACCCAUUGGCGCUUUCCAAGUUGAAAAUCAUCCACAAGUCGCUCGAUCACAUUCCAAUUAUGGGCUGGGCGUGCCGGGCCAUGCGGUUUAUCACACUGAAGAGAAACGACCGAGAGGGGGACUUGCAAACGAUCGAGGGCAAUUUGCAGAGGGAGUUAUCGACUACUUCUUCUACGUCAAAAACAACAAGUCCAACAGGUACAAAUAGCGGCACGACCGUCCUGAUCUUUCCGGAAGGCACGGACUGCAGUGUCACAAACCUUGAAAGAUCGAUCGCGUUUCAGCAAAAGACACGACCAGCAGCGCAAGAACUACUAGACGACGCCACGACCCCAGGCGGACGACCAGCGGGAGCUCCUGCUGCGCUUCGCCCAUCUCUCUGGCUGCGCGUUCUGUAUCCGCGGUCCGCUGGCAUUUUGGCGAUUCAGGACGGGGUGCACAAGGCGACUACUGCGAAAAACACCGCCGUGCUGGCAACGAAGUUGGUGAACUUUAUUGACUUGACCAUCGCCUACGAGGGGACGAAAAAUCGACCCUCCGAGGCCUCGGUGUUUGUGCAAGGGAAGGCCCCGAGAGUGAUGAAAAUUUUAGUUGAUUUGUGGGACGACGUAUCCAGGAAAAAAACACCCAUCCCCAUCCAAUUUGUCACGCAAAACAUGCAUAAAAUCCACUAUUUGUGAUGCAAAAAAUGGAUGGGGAUGGGUGUUUUUUCCUGGAUACGACGGCGGGCCUUCCUGUGUGGGGGAUGAUGAACAAGAUGGAGGUGGAACACAAACAGCAUCAAACCCACAUCAGAUGGUCUCCACCAAGUUGAUUUCCAGUGGGGUGGGUGUGAAGAAAGUGGAGGACGGGAAAAAGAAUGCGAUGAGGGAAGCGCUGGAAAAAUCGUUCGCGAGAAAGGAAUAUGCAUUGCAAAUAUGCAGUCUGGGUCCUCUGGAAACUACCUUUCAUGCCAACACAUGCAACAUCACAAACUGAUUCCAAUACGCAGCGACGCAUCAGAAAUUUCUGAGCAGUUUUUAUGUUGUGCGUAACUCGCAUAAGAGAUCGCGUUUUUGCACGACACAGGGAAGAGCUAUUCCACAACAUGCAUCACAGAGUUCAGGAGUAUAAUAGAUACGAGGAAGCUCGACAAAAAUACAAAUCUCGCAAUUUUCCAGACCCAGACAUACUUGCAAUGCAUAAGGAGAAGCUACUCACGGGGCUGCCGAUCCUCGAAAACCAAAUCCGGGAGAUGAAUCUUGCUUCAACUAUGGGACGAGCAGCUGCUGCGUCUUCUACUUUGUCGAACUACUAUUCCGACGUUUUUGACCGCGAGGAGGAGUUGCACGAGGUGUUGUCAACAGCAUCAAGUGAAGCGGUCCUGCUCCCACGAACAGGGACAACGAAUAAAGAACGCAGAGCUACUUCUAUUUCGGUAGCGAAAACCCGCCCACCAAUGAGGAGCUACAUUCUUGUCUCGUUGCUCGAAUUAUUCGCCUUUCUUUUGCUUGCAUUCUUUCCCGUAGAUGCCGCGGUCAUCGUCGUUGCAAGCGGGAUCUCGCUGCAGGGAAAUUGUUUAUUCGGGGAAAAAACGCAGAUCAUUCUGAACCAAGUCUUGCGCCCGGUAGUGCUCGCUUUUAUCGUUGGCAGUCGGCUCAUGGUGUAA